GUGAGCGGGCGCCCUCCCUGAAGAGAUGAGCGGGUCAUGCGCGCCGGUCUGUGCACGGUGAGCGCCCCUUUGGCCGCCUGCAGAACGGCAGCAGUGCUCCCCCCAUCAGCUCGAUUUUUGGCCCUCCACCUGCUGAAUCAACAAACUCUCUACUUCAUAGUUCAAGCAAAAUCCAGAGUGAGAGAGUUGUAUCAUCAGACAUGUCGCCACUUCGCCCAGCUGGGCAUGCUAGAUACGAACCUGUUUGGACUGUCGCUUAUUUGUGAUGGUGAAUAUCUCUUCGCAGAACCAGAAAGCAAGCUUUCGAAAUAUGCCCCAAAAAGUUGGCGGUCCUCUCAUAGCCAUGGACUCGACGCCAACGGUCGUCCAGCCCUCGCCUUCUACUUCCGUGUCCAGUUUUACGUGGACAGCCCGUUGCUGCUCAGAGAUGAGACGACGAGACACCAUUACUACCUUCAGUUGCGCCUCAAUGCAGCCUCUGGGGCGGCAGGCGAUCACUCUACCCAUCUGGCCGGUCUCACCCUGCAGGCGGACUUGGGGGACCACGACGAGAACACCACAUUCCGACCGGAGGAUUACGUCCCGCCCAACAUGCGGGGCCCUGCGGCCCUUAGGAUUAUCGAGGCAGCGCACAGGACCCACAGGGGCCUGUCGAAAAGUGAAGCGCGGGCGAGGUUCAUAGCAGAGGCGUGUCUGCUACAGGAACCAGUUAAUGCUCACAUAUUUAGGUUAAGGGCUGCCAAAUCUGAACAAGCUCCAGGGUCGAUUCUCUUAGCUGUAUGUCCUAGAGGAUUGAAAGUAAGCCCCGAAAACAAUCCUCCUUCUAUAUUUCUUUGGAUUAAUAUAGCGAAAUUAAGUUUUGAACGGAAGAAAUUCGAAAUACGUACCAAUCACGAAAAACUCACUCUAUAUACAACCAGCGAUGAGAAGAGUCGUUUGCUCUUGGGCCUGUGCAGAGCUGCACAUCAAUUCAAUAUGGCUGUGACGCCACGUCUCAAUGAAAUGAAACGUGUAGAAGAAGAACGACAACGAUGGGAUGGUGAUCAGCGAGUAUCGGUUAUCAGUUCCACGUCUUCAAAUACCACUUCAGGAAUUGUCAGUGAUCGGGUUCAUUCUGAAGACGAGCUCGAGAUCAUGAUUACCAGUCCGCCAGCUCCGUCAACAGAGAGUUUGGCUCUAGCACACCUGCUGGACAGUGCGCCUGCUAGCAGCCGAACUUCUGCAGCAUCUGCAACCGCAACUUUUGCAACGCUUCCUCUUGAAGAAGAAGUAGAGGAGAAGCCUACGUUGAGCGAAAGUUCUACAAAAACUACGAGUGGAAAAUGCGCAGGAUCACAGUGUAGCUCUUCCUGUAGCACCAUAGUUGUCACUCCAGUACAAAACAGUGAGUUUAACUUGCAUUUUAUGUGUUUUAUUUGGACCUUGCGCAUUUCGGAUCUGAUUGUGGGAAGAUAUCCAUCAUGCAAAAGUGUUAGUCACACAUUAGAUUCGGAUUCAGACUAUGUAACUCUGCCGUCAUCUUAUCAAGGAUAUAUUCCAGUGCCGCCAGCGAGGAUAGAUAGCGUCGAAGAACGUUUCAGACCGCCACCUCCCCCAUAUGGUGCUCAGUUGAACAAAUUGCCGAUAACAGAAAGUACUUGCCCAGAAUAUGAUGAUGACAACUCUAUAUCAGAGUCUUUGAUGAGAAGUCCUCCACCAUAUCCCGAUAAUCCGACGCCAGUUCCUCCGCCAAUGUAUCCGUACGAAGAAGCGGGAGCUAGAUUCAUUACCGCAAGGCCGCUUAGUGCUCUAACUGCCCGUGCAAGUACCGUCAGUAAUACUUCGACUCCAAGUUACUCAAUUCCGAAGAUACUACCUCCAAUUCCACCUAAAAUUCCAAAACCUCCCAAAAUUUCUAGACCACCACCUCAAAAACUGAAUACCAUCGUUUCUCCUAGUAAUUACCUCGACGUAGCAGCAAGUAAGGCAAGUGUAUUAGUUCCCUGUACCUUUCUUCCUCCUCCUCCGCCAGCACCUAGACAACCACCACCACCUCCUCCACCUGCUCUAGCAACUGUGUAUACCAGUCAGCUGUCUAGAUCGCAAAUUGAACAGUAUCAGCAGCAAAUGUAUAGUGACGUGGAUUUUGUCGUGUUUCCUCUGAAAGAACCUGCCAUAAGCAAACAGGAGUACUUGGAAGCUAAACAGGGGUCGCUACUGGCGGCUCUAGCUCACCAACCAGUUUUCUACCGAAGCACGCCUUACCUAGGAAGAUACGCGUCAAGUCAGAAUCUGUCUGAGACAUAUCUUCAGUUACCUGUUUAUGGUGCUCCUAGCAUUGCGUCUACUGGAAGUCUGGAUCCUCCACCGCCUUUACCUCCGAAUCGUCCUGCAAGAUUCAUACGAACCAGAUCCGAUGACAAUAUUUUGAAUUCACUGGAUACAGCGCAGCCCCCAAAGUUCAGAAGGCUGCCUCCACCUCCACCGCCCAUUCCGGAGAAUCAGUCUUCUCAUCUGGAGGUGCACAAUCCCCCGUUGAGCGAUUCCAAGAGAAGUGUUAGUGAAAAGACUUUGAAUGGCACUCUUACUGAGAGAGCGUCGGCUCUGGAUAUCCGCACACUUCGGGAAAAAAGUAAGAAAAUGGACUUGCCGUUGAUAUCAGCGUUAUGCAACGACAGGUCGCUUAUAAAACAAACAAAGGCAUUUGUUAUUCCUAAACACUCGAGUGAUGUGAUUGCGCGGCAUUCAGUGAGUUCAUCGGUAUCGAAGUAUCCUGUUACUGGGUUGAGUAGUACCAUUAAUAAAACCAGCAGGAAGGCGUCUUCCAUCAGCCAUAGGCAUCCUAGCGAUAAGUUGCCUGAAAUACCUCGGGCUACUCCUAACAACUAUGUGUUUACUGAUUCACGUGUUAAACACAAAACUAUGCAAUCUCAUUCGUGAGUGUGCGGACUGAAAACAUUCCAGUGUAAGAGUAAAUUAAAUAUCAUUUUGUUUCACUCAGGGUGCCAUCAUUGCAAUAUAUUUUAUAACCGGGAACCGAUUUUUGGCUGAUAGCAAUUCCUCAUUCGGAAUGUCGAACCUCAGCCAUUCCUGUUUGUACAUAAAAGCUGUGUUGUAUAAUGCACGAAUGAUUUACAGAUUAUUAGCAAUAGUGUAUACAGUUGCUCAACUUUUAUAAUUAAAAUACUGAUAGUUUUAAUAUUGUUCAAUGUUUUUAUUUAUUAUCUGAAUCGAAAUUGAAGAAGCUUCAGAUGUAUGAUGCAGCCAUCAUACACGAAUAAAAGAAAAGAAGUUA